AUGGCAACCCUUUUGAAGUAUCAGCUGGCAAAAAGUCCCCACAACAUCUCCACCAUUCUCCAUGGUGUGCGAAGUUGGCCCAUCCAGGUAAACCCGCAAGAGACCUCCUAUCACAACUUGCGUGCAGCACCCAGCCUUUUCUCGCCGAUAGUGGGAACUUUGGAAGCCUACGAUGUUGUCGAAGUGGCACAAACACUUCAGCUCCAUGGUGGGGAAGCAGGAGUGGAGCUUUGGGCGCAGCUGCUCCGGCGCAGUGCAGGCCCAGCAGCCUGGAGCCUGGUCUCUGACGAGUCCAGCUGCUUCUUGCAGAAGUUGAAAAGCGCGUCAGAAGCCUUGGAGAAGCCAAAAGAUUGGGUGCCCAAUGAUUUGGAAGAGCCACCUAUUGGAGAAGCUGUGAAUUCCUUGAACUUCCUCAUGGCGGCCUCCUUGAAUCAAGAUGGAGAGAUGAAAGAGAUUUUGGAGGCCGUGGCCUCCCACGAGCUCCAAUUAGGUCGUGAAAGUGGAGCCGUGAAGCUCCUGGAAGCCGAAGCGCAUCAGCUUCGCUCUGAGGCCCUGGCCGCGGAGCGGGAGCUGCUGCAGCGUCAGGGCGACCGCACCGCCACCCUGCGCCGCUUCCAGCGCGUGAAGCAGCAGGAGGCCUGGAACGCAGCCUGUGCGCAGAUCGAGCAGCAGCAAGCACAGGCAGAGGAGAUUCUGGAAGAUGCCGUGGAUGAUGCCGAGGCUUUGUGCCAGGCACGCCUUGAACUGCAGCGCGCAGGAAGAGAGGAGCAGGCACCCACACGGCGCAAGAAGGCCGUGGGCCGUUUGGGGAGGCAGCUUUUGGCGAGCGCCGGGCUGGAGCAACCUGCGAAGGAGAAAACUGAGAAAAAUGACAGCCAUUUGGUUGGAGCCAUGGCCUCCAUGGAGACCUUGGUGGGGCAACGCAUGCUUCAGGUUGGACGACCCUUGAGCUCUUUGGAAGAGGUUUCGAAGCCUUCUGUUUGGGAGCCUGAGGCGGAAGGAUGA